CCCCCCCGCCCGGAAACUCUGCCCCGCCGCCCGAAUCCUCCAGCUCCCCGGUCGGAAUCAUAGCCGGUGCCGCCGCGGGGGCGAUCUGCGCGGCGCUUAUCGGCAUCAUCGUCGGGUGCAUCUUAUACCGGAGGCAUAAGCGGCCCCCGCCUAUGAGCGCAGGAGACUUCUCUGCCAAGGAAAUGUCUCUGCCAAUGCAUUCCUCUGCGGGCAGCGGGGCCUCCCGCCGCCCAGGCUCCGCCUACUGGAACCACGCCUUCACUCUGGCGGAGCUCAGAGCGGCGACCGGUGGAUGGGCCCAGGCCAACGUCGUGGGAAGCGGCUCCUUCGGGACGGUGUACCGAGCAACGCUGGAUGACUGGUCGGUGGUGGCGGUGCGCCACAAGAACCUGGUCCGCCUUCUGGGCUCCUGCGUUGACGACGGCGAGCGGCUCCUCGUGCUCGAGUUCUUCCCGGAGGGAUCCCUCGGCGCCCGAUUGCAUUACGCUUCCCAGGGGAAGGUCGCCUUCCUUUCGUGGGCGGAACGUAUGGCCGUCAUCGAGGGGGUCUGCCGCGGGCUGACCUACAUGCACCAUGACAUUCACCCCCCCCUGAUCCACCGGGACAUAAAAGCGGCGAACAUUCUCCUCCGGGGGGGGACCAAGGGCGCGUGCAUCGCGGACUUUGGACUGGCGCGGCUUAUGCAGGACGACGAAUCGGGAGGUGACACGUCGUCCGCAGUGAAAGGCACGCUGCCGUAUAUGGCGCCGGAAUACAUGCAGGGGGGCUACCGCUGCCUCUCCCCAAAGUGCGACGUCUACAGUUUCGGGGUCGUCGUUCUGGAGUUAGUCACGGGCCGUCCGGUGACUGCGCGUUUCGAAAGGGGGGGGAGGGACAUCCCCCUCGUCGAGCUCGCGGCGUCCCUGGUGCGCGAGCAGAAAGCGCUAGAGAUGAUCGACCCCGCGGUCUGGGACGCGUUCGACGUUUCCGAGGCCGAGUGCUGCAUCCAGAUUGCGUUGCAGUGCCUGCAGAGGGAUCCCUCGCACCGACCGACGAUGGAGCAGGUCGGCAUUCGGCUCCGGACGCGCGGGGCGGAGCCCCGGGGGAGUGAAGUGGGCAGCGAGAGCCCGCACGAUGUGUUGAGUGGGCUGACGAGAGGAGACCCCGGUAGGUCGAUGGCCGGGUGGGAUACUGGGAGCUCGUCCGGUUUCUCUUCAGGGGCGUACAGGUUUCUCACCGCGAGAUAAAAGAAGGUCUCGGUAACCGGGUCAUGCUGCUUUCGACGCUGAUAUGACUGAACGCUUUGAUCGUUGUUUGGACCGUUGCAACAGUGGAUUUCAGUUAAUGGGCGAUCUGCCGUGUAGGCUUGUUUGUGUUGCGGAUAGUGUUUUUAAACUACAAAAGAGGAGCCAAUAUUACCUACAAUUAUUUGCUGAUUCCACGUUGGACUAGUAGAGGACUCCGAGUCGAUAACGUAAGUCGUGGUACCGAAAGCAAAGGUUGAUUCUAUUUGUGAAACGGGUCCAAGUAAUGUCGUUUGCAAGCGGUAACAUACUUGCGUUGUAGGACCUAGAUUUGUCAGAGGCUCUUCUACGCCCUAGUACGAAGACUAUAUGAUUUAGGCUGCACUUGGAGCAAUAUCAGUCGGUUCAAUCAGGCCAUCUGGUUGAUUCCGUCAGCGUUAGCGGCGUCCGGCCGGUCUCCGUC